CAUCCUGACGUAUAACCUCUAAUAGCACUUCAAUCAUACAUUCCCCAUCCAAAUAAACUAAUCCUCACCACUAAACCGGUGGUCCCAUCCUGGCCCACCAACUGAUCCGACCAUAAACUCCGAUCCCAAAAUCCCAGCCGUCGACGUCUCCAUAUCAGCCCUCUUGGGUGACAAUGAGGUCAAAGGUAUACCCCGGAUGAGUGGGAUCUACUGUGGCAUCUCCCUUCUCCUGCCCUCGAUUCCUGGCAUCUUCCCAUCAGAUUCCAUGCUCUACGCAACGGCCCAAAUUUACUCUCCUCUAUAUAUCCCAACGUUCCUACCCUUCGCUCCUACUCCGAGGCCAAAGCUCUCUCUCGCUCUUUGGAAACAUCGUUCCCAAUUCGCCCACCAAUUUUUUGGGUUCUCUUCCCGAAAUGGACCUCCUCGAAAUGCCCUUGGAGGCCAUCGUGCUCCGCUUCCACUCCCUUCCCGCCGCCGUCGCCGCCGGCUCCCUCUGGGCCUGCCUCGCCGUCCUCGCCGCCGCCCUCGGCAUCUGGCGCAUCCGCGCCGUCGGAUCCCGAUCCGACGACGUCUCUCUCCCCCACUCCCCCAUCACUUCCAAGUCCGAGCCGGGACAAGCCCCGUCUCCGUCUCCGGCGCCGGCGCCAUCGACGGUGCCGAAGUCUCCCAAGCCGACCGUGCGGGCCCCGCACUGUCACGUGGAGGACGCCGGCACUCCCAAGGCCCGGUUCACGGCGUACUACGGCUCCUGCGACUGGUUCGACGUGGAGGAUGACGGCGAUGAGCAAGUGGAGGUGGAUAAUGGACGGAAGGAUGACGGCGCUCGUGUCGUCAGGGCUCGUUUGACGGCGCCGUUGGAGGGAUUUGGGUGGGAGGGGUUGAUGGUUGGGAGGCGGGGGGAUCUUGGGUGGUACCGUUACCAGGACCUGACGGCCCUUAACGGCAGCGUCGUCCGGUUGUGGGAGACGGCGACGUCACGAAGGAGGUCGCCGAUGGAAUUGUAGGGGUAUAACAGGAAUUUGGAGAAAAUUUGUGAAAUGUAUAUAAUUUUUGUAUAAUUAAUAAUUUUGCCCUCCUCUUUUCUUUUGCC